ACAGCAGGUGGCGGCAACACAACAUCAAUGCGUCGACUCUGCCUUACCUCGCAAAGAAGAAGAGGACGAAGAAGAGCGUUCUACCGGCGGUUAACCAGCAACGCAAAAUUAUUCACAAAUUAAGCUUAUUCAAAUACUGCAUGUUGAUGAAAAGGACCGGUUUUUAUAUUUUAAUAUGUAAUAUCCUCAUAUAUAAGAGAACUGCCGUUCUUGGAUAAGAUGAAGUAAUGAUGUUUUAAAAGAGGAGCAGUAAACCAAAUGCUAAUAUUAGCCGCGUGUAGGGAAACGUGAGUAUUUGUAUCUUAUCCCUAAGUGUGCCGGUUUCCAUGAAGAUGAGGUGUCACUAUGAAGUAUUGGGAGUAAAAAGAGACGCGGGAGAUGAUGAUCUGAAGAAAGCUUAUCGGAAAUUAGCCUUAAAAUGGCACCCAGAUAAAAACUUGGAGAGCGCCGAGGAGGCCGCAGAGCAGUUCAAGCUCAUUCAAGCAGCUUAUGAUGUCCUCUGCGAUCCGCAGGAGCGAGCCUGGUAUGACAAUCACAGAGAAGCUCUGCUGAAAGGAGGCCUAAGUGGCGAAUAUGAAGACGACAGCAUUGACCUCCUGCAGUAUUUCACAGUCACAUGCUACUCAGGAUACGGAGAUGAUGAGAAGGGCUUUUACACGGUUUACAGGAAUCUUUUUGAGUCCAUUGUUAAGGAGGAGAUGGAGCACAGCAGGAUGGACGACGAGGAAGAGGAAGAAGGGUUUCCUCUCUUUGGAGAUUCUCAGAGCGAUUAUGAUACAGUAGUUCAUGUGUUUUACGCCUACUGGCAGAGCUUCUGCACUCGCAAAAACUUUGCUUGGAAGGAGGAAUACGACACGAGGCAGGCGUCCAACCGCUGGGAGAAAAGGGCCAUGGAGAAGGAGAACAAGAAGACUAGGGAAAAGGCUCGAAAGGAGCGCAAUGAGCUGGUGCGGCAACUGGUGGCCUUCGUCCGUAAGAGGGACCGGCGCGUCCAGGCCCACAGGAAGCUGGUGGAGGAGCAGAACGCCGAGAAGAUCAAGAAGACGGCGGAGCUGAGGCGACAGCAGAAGCUCAAACAAGCCAAGAUGGCAGAGGAGUACAAGGAGCCGAGCUGGGCUGCAAUGUCUGAGCUGGAGAAGGAGCUGCAGCAGAUUGAAGCUCAGUACGGAGAGGAGUUUGGAGACACAUCAGAGAGUGAGGAAGAGGAGAUGGAUGUGGACACAUUUCAGAAAAACAGUGAAAGAGAUGGAGAUGCUGAGCAGACGAACGACGAUGACCCAACCAUCGACUGUUAUGAUGACCUGUACUGCCCGGCUUGUGACAAGUCUUUCAAAUCGGAUAAAGCCAUGAAAAACCAUGAAAAGUCCAAAAAGCACCGAGAGAUGGUGGUGUUGCUACGGCAACAGUUAGAGGAAGAAGACGAUUCGUUCUGCUUGGACGGAAAGGAGGAUGGAGAGAAAGAAAAUGACCUGCAGGAUGAGGAGGACGAAGAAGAGGAACAGCCAAGGCAAAAGCUGUCAAAAAAGCAAAAGAGGAAAAAGAAACAGCAGAAAGUGGUACAGCAAACUACCACUGAGGGUAAAGAGGAGGAGGAGACGAUACCCACACAGACCACCUGUGAGGAAGAAGUCCCUGAAAGGUCAGAAAAUCCUGUACAACCUGAAAAGCAGGAGGACCUUCCCUCUGCAGAAGUCAAAAGCUCUGAAAAAACGAAAGGAAAAAAGGGAGGUGGGAAAGACAAGGCAAAAAACACCAAAUCACACACUGAACAGUUUCCUGAGAAGGAAGUAAAUCUCCGCUGCGUUACCUGCAACGACGAGUUCCCCACAAGAAACAAGUUGUUUGACCAUCUGAAGACCAGCGGCCAUGCUAUUGCUAUUUCUACAAACGCUACUCACAGUUCCACGGGCAAGAGCAGGAAAGAAAAGCGGAAAAACAGAUAAAACAUUCUCACUGUGACUGAUAAGACUUUGACCCCAAAGAAACUCAUUUGGAGAUGUUUUUGCAAUCUGUGUGAGAUAAGUCAAAUACGGACCCUAACCUUCUGUCUAUAAGCUCAAUAGGUGACAGUGAAACAAGAUGUAGUUUUAAAAUAAAAUUUUUAAAGCAUA